AACGAAUUUGCCUGUAUUCGCUCAUUAUUUUCCUAAACAGUUAGAUUAAUUUCUCAUUCUCGAUAAAUAAGCAGUUGGCAUUUCUUCAUUCUACAAGAUUAUUAUAGUCUGGCAAACACAACUUGUCAGUCAGUAAUAACCAGGAAAACUAUAUUCAUCCCUUUCUUUUGAGUGCUAGUAAUAGCGGGAGACAAAGGCAGUACGAUUAUCUUUGUCUAUGUUUGAAAUGAGACAGCCCUGGGACUCCUGGGCCACGGCCAAACUAUAUUUUUUUUCUUUACUAUCCUCGUUCAGAAACUCUUGUGGCAAUUUAAAGUAAUUUGACCCAUUUCAGAACGCAUCACAGUUAUACAUUAAAUGUCACUUUGACAGUUUUGACAUAUUUCGCGCAAUUUCAUGUUUACUUUACGCUUUUAAUUAUUUUAAUUACACUAUAGUAGUCUCGGUGUUUGAUUUGUAAAUAGUUAAAUAAUGAAUGAAUACGGUGAUGACAACUUUUGUAGAAUAUGCUUUCAACGUCAAGAUACUAUAUUCUCACUGUUCAGAAAGCAGAAGGGAUCAUCUCCUUAUGAUAAACUAGUCAAACACACGAAAUUAAAAAUAGCUUCAGACGACGGCGGACCCGCUUCGAUUUGCCUGCAGUGUCUUACAGAUCUGGACGCGACCAUCAAUUUUUUAAAUAAAUGUGAAAAAUCCAAUCAAAUACUGGCUGCUAGAAAUAAUGAGAAACAAGAAGUUUCAAAUUUGGAAUGCGGCGUUCAGAACGACACCGUUUGUUUUUCUCAAGAGGAGAGCAUAGAUUCAGAGUUGAUUCAGCCAGUUAAGUGUAGUGUGGACAGUCAGGGUGGAAAACACAUAGAAUUAGUAACAGAAAAUGUUCAGUGUCCUCAAUGUGGUUCUAAACGCCGCUGCAAACAUUGGGCGCCGCCUGUGGCUCAUACCUGCCAAUAUUGUCAAAAAGUAUUUACUAGAAAAUUUAAUUAUACACUGCAUCUCAAGCGGCACUUAGGCGAGCGGGACUGGCCCUGCCCCAUCUGCGGAACCUUACUGCUGACUCGCUGGCUGGCUACGAGACAUUGUAGACGACCGCGGAAAGCCUGCCCAGUGCCGGGCUGUGACAAAACAUUCACUACUAAUACUAACUUGGUGACUCAUGUUAGGACUCAUAGCGGCGAGCGUCCCCAUGACUGCCCAGAGUGUGGCAAGAGCUUUUCAUGUAAAAACACCCUGAAUGAUCACAUCAGGAUUCACACAGGCGUCAAACCUUACAUCUGCCCAGUAUGUGGCAAGCUCUUCGCCACCAACAAGCUCUCCACCCACAUGUUAUCCCACACCACCUCUCGGCCGCACGCGUGCGCCGCGGCGGGCUGCGCGCGCGCCUUCAAGUCGCGCCGCGCGCUGACGCUCCACAUAGCCACGCACGAGCACAGACGCGCGCAUAAAUGUAACGUGUGCGGGAACAGGUAUAAUCAUACGCAGUCGCUGAAUAAACACAUGAAGAGGCAUGCGGAGAAAUCCAUUACCACGGACAACAUACAAAUCGAAUGCAACAACAUUUGAACAAUAUAAACACGUACAAGCCAAAUAGUCAACUAUUAUGACUUAUGCAAGACUAAUUUUACCGACAAAAACAAGAAAAAAAUGCGUGCAAAUCGCACGUGGCCGAGAUAUUCGUAGUGUACGGUCAAGGCUGAGGCCUUGCCGAUAACUGUCCAAGAGCUCUUUUCAGUUAAUUUUGAGUUACCUAUUGUCGAACCGUCCAAGUUCUUCCUGGGGGGUAAAUGGAUCAAACGUAAAGAAUGAAAUUAAUCAGUAAUAAUCAAACGACGUUUCAUGUUUUAGAAGUCACUUUAAUUAAAUAACAAAACGAUACAAACAUAAUAAUACACAAUGUUUUAGAACAAGUUUUUUUAGCUUUAUUAGAAAGUUAUCUAAGCGACAAUUUACCAAAUGUCAUAGUUAUCUAAGGAUAAUUUAAUAAUGGAUGUUCCUUAUGUAGGUACUCGUAGUUUGUGUGUGGAAUAAAAUAUAAGACGUAA